CUGAUCGUAUCAUUAACGUCGAAUUUACAAUUUCGAGAGGAGUAUACGAGAGAGAAGGAUGAAGCCGCUUCUCAUGAUUUUCAUAAUUGCUGCGGCACUAGUCGCCGCUGUCCAGAGUCAAGGAUAUGGUCGUGCCGGAUAUGAGGGAAAUGGAUAUGGACAGGUCGGAGGAUACAGAGGGAAUGAUUACGGAUACAACAGAAAUCCAUAUGAACGAGAUUAUGAACAUGGCACUCAAAAUGGCAGAAAUGGUUAUGGAGAGGGUUACGGAGUGCCUGGGAUAGCAGGAAGUCCCAGUUUCACUCUAAUGCUUUGAAUUUUCAAAUAUAAUUCAGUCAGCCUAUGAAAUAAUUCAAAGAAACUAAUUAUGCAUUGAUAAAACAA